ACAUCAUAAACCUUGAAGAUUCAGCUUCUAUGGACGUUCAGACCAGUGUUCGACUUCGAUCUACAUAACACUGUUCGGGAAAAAGUAGACUUUUACACUGCUUAAGAUAUCAAAAGGUUCUGUCCAAGUCCAAGUCAUCUGCCGACUAGGUAGUAAUCAUGAAGGGUAUCACUCCUAGUUUUACCCCUCUCUUCUUUUCCUAUUCCGAAGUCUAUACUUACCGGAUUCAUUUUAGCUAUACUUCAACGUGUCCUAUCCGCCUCUGUAACGGUAGACAAGCAGCUGAUAUCUUCAAUUGGGAAAGGCAUAUUAGUAUUCGCUGCUGUGGCUCCUGGUGAUACAGAGAAAGAUGCAGAAUCAUUGGCAGCAAAGGUCUUGAAGAUGAGAUUAUGGGAUGAUGAAAAUGGCGGUAGGGUAUGAAAGAGGAGUCUCUUUAGUUACUGCAUCUUGAAGAAUCUUUCUCUGUCAAUGUAUAUUAGACAUUGAGUCGCCAGCACCUUGCUGCUCAAUUCAUGUUUUCAUUUUACAACAGUCCUAAUAUCCUCCAUAGUGGAAACAAAGUGUACAAGAUAUCCAAGGAGAAGUUCUUUGUGGUACGUGAAGACAAUCAAUUGAAUCCCACCAUUGUACACGGAAGUCUCACAAACUGACAACUGCCUCGAUGGUAUCAGUCUCACAAUUUACAUUGCUUGCUUCAACGAAGAAAGGUUCAAAGCCAGACUUUCACGGAGCUAUGGGAGGGGAAGAGGCUAAGCAAUUGUAUCAACUGUUCGUGGAAAAGGUUCAACAGGGUUAUCAGUCAGAAAGAGUCAAAGAUGGUGUGUUCCAGGCAAUGAUGGUAGGUCACACCACAGUUUAGUAUCUUCUUUUUUUGGGUCAUCUGCUAAUAAAAUGUUUGAUUGAUAGGAAGUGGCUCUGGUGAAUGAUGGCCCAGUAUGUCCUCUUUGACCCUGUGUUUGAGUGUAUGUUUCUAUGCUAACAUAUUGUUGCAAGGUAACACUGGAAAUGUCAACCAGGUCAAAUGAGAAGAAGGCAUGAAAUGAACAAUUCGGCGUAUCGCGGACCAUUCAUUUCUCUUUCUGGUCUCUACUAUGAAGCCCCAAGCGCAAGGCCAGCGAGAUGGUCCAGUACCACUUUCGCAAAUAUCCAAUAUUACAACCUUGACAAAGAUAUUCUAUAGACCAUAGUACAGGUACCUACUCAGUAGAUAGAUACUAUGACAGAACGUCCCAGGCUU